UCUUCUAGCUUGUCUUUCCCAUCAAAUUAUAUAUAUUGCUUUUUUUUUUUAUCAGAAUUAUUAUGGGUUCAACUUCUGAAACAGUCUGCGUUACUGGAGCAGCUGGUUUUAUUGGAUCAUGGCUUGUCAUAAGACUUCUAGAGCACAAUUAUACUGUCAGAGCUACUGUGCGCGAUCCAGAGAAUAUGAAGAAGGUGAAGCAUUUGUUGGAAUUGCCUAAGGCAUCGACACACCUGACACUGUGGAAGGCAGACCUGAAUGAAGAGGGAAGCUUUGAUGAAGCAAUCAAAGGGUGCAAUGGUGUUUUCCAUGUGGCCACACCCAUGGACUUCGAGUCCAAGGACCCUGAGAACGAAGUGAUAAAGCCCACGAUAAAUGGGAUGCUAAGCAUCAUGAAAGCAUGUGUGAAUGCAAAAACUGUCCGAAAGCUGGUAUUCACAUCAUCUGCAGCAGCAGUCAGAUUUGGAGAGCAUGAAAAGCCAGUAUAUGACGAAAACUGCUGGACUGAUGUUGAAUUUUGCCGCAACAAAAAGAUGACUGGAUGGAUGUAUUUCGUGUCCAAGUCACUGGCUGAGCAAGCUGCAUGGAAGUUUGCCAAAGAGAACAAUUUGGAUUUCAUCACUAUAAUCCCACCUCUUGUGGUUGGUUCAUUCCUUAUGCCAUCAAUGCCACCAAGUCUCAUUACUGCUCUUUCUCCUAUCACAGGGAAUGAAGCUCAUUAUUCGAUAUUGAAGCAAACCCAAUUUGUUCACUUGGAUGACCUCUGCAAUGCUCACAUUUUUCUGUAUGAGCAUCCAAAGGCAGAGGGAAGGUAUAUAUGCUCUGGCUGCGACGCAACCAUUCAUGACGUCGCAAAAUUGCUUAGAGAAAAAUUCCCCGAGUACAAUGUCCCUACAAAGUUCAAGGAUGUAGAUGAGAACUUGGAGAUCAUCUCCUUCUCUUCCAAAAAGAUUAAAGAGUUGGGGUUCGGGUUCAAAUACAACUUGGAGGACAUGUAUGUAGGUGCUGUUGAAACAUGCCGAGGCAAGGGUUUGCUUCCUCAAGCUGCUGAAAAACGUGUUAACGGCACAGGUUUGCUUCCUCCAGCAGCUGAAAAACGUGUUAACGGCACAAGCUGAGAUUGAAUAUUACAGCUUCUGAGUUGACAUGUCUUAUAGUAUUCUAGUCAAAAUAAAACUGCCAACCUAUGAGAUCCAGUACUAUGGGUUUUUUUUUUUUUUUUGAUGAGUUGUACUAUGCUAUCUGUAUUUUGUUAUUGUGAACAAGUUUACUUACAUAAAAUUGUUUGCAAUUGCCAAGGUAGUAAGCUGUUAUUAGUAGAUAAAAAGGUAAUAUUAGUGAUGAUGAAUUAAUAAAAAUUUCUCAAUUCAAUUGUUGUAUCUGUAGCAUUGCUCUAUUGUAAGUUUGAGAUUUCAAUCAAGUGUUAGAGAGUGUAUGAGCUUAUUAUGAAUAAAAAUAAAGUUGAUUUUUGGUAGUA